AAGGCUUGCAUUAGAGGCCCUGCACGUCAAAAAAUCCCAACCAAGUCCCAAGCAAAUGGAUUCGAUUUAAACCCCCCCAGCAAAACCCUAAUGGAGGAGGAAGCGGCGAUCCUGGGGAGCGAUCUGGAGGAACUCUCCGCCUCCGCCACCGUCGUCCCCUUCGAUCCACCGCUCCCUCUCCUGAGAGGUCCCGUGCCGGCCGGCUCCUCCGACGACCCCUCUGCCGGACCCUUCGUCCUCGCCUUCCGAGACGCCGGCAGCUGGCGGUCCGCUUUUCGAGCCACAGAGGCCAAAAUCAUCGAGCAAUGCGAGGCUGGAGCUCGUGUUGGAUGCUCCAUCAGUGCAUCAAACAAGUGCAAACCCCCCUGGUGGAAGACUCUAUUUGGAGUCUCGGCUGCAGAUUUUGCAGAGCGAGAGAAAUGUGAAGAGCGUGAGAUGGCUUCCUGUCUUGCUGCAUCUAAAGAAGCAUGCAUUCAGUUUGCAAAGGAGAAAUGCGUAUCUCCCUUCCGAGAUGCAAGAAUUGCAUCAAUUGAUCUCAAGGGGAACCUGCAGCUUGAUUUUGGUGCUCCUGAAACUGCCAAAAACAUAACAGAAGCCACGUGUGCAGAGCCCAAAUCAUCUUGUUUUGAUCGAGAGACUUCCUGCGAUCCGGCAAAAUUCAAUCUUGAAACUACGAAUUAUAGAGGAAGCAUCCUAUUGGAGAAAUCAGCUGUUGAAAAUAGAUGAAUACCGAUGUAAUGGCUGUAUGGCUUUUCUAUGGUGAAUCACCUGGGGCCAAUGGACUUGGGGAAGUGGAAGCAAGAGACCCCUGUGAGGAUGAGGUGUGAAUAAAAUUUCAUGGAGGACAAUAGUUCAUGAUCGUUUGAUGCUGAAUGUAUGGCAUGCGGCUUAUGUGCCACCCACCUAAGAUCUGUACAUAUGGAACACUUUCUCCUAUUGUACAUUAAUGUGUAUGUGUUGGAAUGGGGUAGCUCCUUUUGAAAUUUAUCAAAGUUUGAUUACUCAACAUGAUGAUCAAAAAUUUCAUGGCUUCAGAUGUUGAGUUGAACAAGUUGAUUUGCUCUCUUAGUUAGCAGUGUAAUUUGUCAAUGUCAUCAAACAUGUUUAGGUUUUGAAUAA